ACGAAGAAAAGGCUUACAAUUCGUUCAGUCUUAUCUCUGAAGUUUAUUUAAAAGAAGAGGAAAAAACCAGGUUAAAAAGAAUUCGAAAAGAACAUGAAAAAAUAUUAUUUGAUAACUUUUCUGCUUGUGGUUGUUGUGGUUUAAUCAGUCAUAAUAAAAACACUUGUAAUAGAAAUCCCUAUCCUAGAUUACAACAACAUCAAAAACUAAGACAUUGUAGUAAUUGUGGCAGCACUUUAUAUAGAAUAUGUCGAAAAAAAGGACAUAAUAGAAACACAUGCCCAAGACAAUUUGGUAUCAAUACAUUUUACAAUGAUGGAGAUAUAGUAUUAAAUAGAAUGAGAAAAACUUUAGUACCCUGGCAAUCACAUAAAAUCGUUAGAAACAGACCUCCUGAAAGAAGAACAUGUACAUAUUGUGGUGCAUUAGAUCAUAAUAGAAGAAAAUAUCUUUGGAAAAAUACUCAAGGUAGAAACCUACGAAAUGUAGCUGAAAUCAGAGCUGCAGCAAAAAAAUAUUUUGAAGCACCAUAUUAUCCUAUACGAAUGUGUGGUUGGUGUGGUGCCAUCGGUCAUAAUAGUAAAAGUUGUACUAUUCAUAAAGCUAGAUCAUAA